ACCACCUGAACAUCCUGCACCCAGAGACAGAUGGGUGGAGACUCUAGAGUUAUAACUCCACCUGACAGCUCAGAGCUCAAGACUCGGGUGUGAGGACGGACGCCAUCUGCACAGUGAGAGCUUCUGUUUGUGGUUUUAACUUCCCAGCAGAGUAAAGAUGUCCAUCUUCGGAAAGUUCCUCAAAGGUAUCGUCCAUGACAGAAACCCCACAGACGACACGGUCAAGGUGAAGGGUAAAGAGAAGCCUAAAUUUUAUGGAACAGUCCCUCCGUAUCCAAACUUCAACGCCAGCAGCGAUGCUUCAGUCCUCCAGAGCGCCAUUGACAGCAAAGAUGUGGACGAGGACGUGAUCAUUGCAGUUCUGGUGAAAAGAAACAACGAACAGAGGCAGAAGAUCAAGAUGGUUUAUGAAGCUUCUACUGGGCAGAGGCUGGAAGAAGACCUGAAAUCAGUUCUCAGGUCACAUUUAGAGGACGUAUCUCUGGCUCUGCUGAUGCCGCCGGCUCACUUUGACGCCUAUCUGCUCAGGAAAGCCACCAAGGGUCUGGGGACAGAUGAGGACGUCCUGGUGGAGAUUUUUGCAACCAGAACACACCAAGAGAUUCAGGAGAUCAAGAGGGUCUUUCAAGAAGAGUAUGGAAAAGAUCUGAAGGAAGUUAUCGAAGAUGAGACCAGCGGAGACUUCACUAAAGCUCUCCUGGCCAUGAUGGAUGGAAAAAAAGACGAAGACCACGAAGUAGACAUCGAUCUGGCCCGAAAGGAUGCAGAGACUCUGUUCGAAGCAGGUGAGAACACUGAAGGAAUUGACGUCUCCACGUUCAUCGACAUUCUGACCACACGGAGCGGCCCUCAGCUCUCUAAAACGUUCCAGCAGUACGCCGCCGUCAGCGACAUCACGUUACCUAAAGCCCUGAAGUUGGAGCUGAGUGGAGACAUUGAAGACUGUCUCAUUGAUAUCGUGAAAUGUGCCUGGAACACACCAGCUUUCUUCGCUGAGAAGCUCCAUCUGGCCAUGAAGGGUCAUGGCACAUGUGAGGACACAUUGAUCAGAGUACUGGUGAGUCGCUCUGAGGUCGACCUGAAGAAGAUCGUGGAGGAGUACCGGGCCAUGUAUGACUUUAGCCUACAGGAGGACAUACUGAAGGACACUAGAGGACAUUAUGAGCAAAUCCUGCUGGGACUGUGUGGACCUUACUGAAGUUUUACCGUCACCGCUUUGGAAAUGGAGGCCAAAAUAUUCUCAGAUGCCACUAAAAUCUCACAUCUUUAAUAAUCAUGAUGAAUUCUUGACUAAUCUGUCCUAUUGAGCUGAUGUUCAAAUAAAGCCAUUAUCACAGCAACAAUA